AUGGAAUCGAAUACUGAGCUCGUGCAGCUAUAUGAAGAGCAUUUUGCAAACUCAUCGCCCUUAUCUACCUCCAUGCGCUGCCAUACUAUGCCAUUUAUACGAAAUCCGGAAUUUUUUGGCCGAAAAGAUAUUCUAGAUAUGAUUGAUAAAUCUUUCUGUGAACAAUCAGUCCUUCCUACUUCAAUAGCGCUCUGGGGAGCUGCUGGCAUCGGCAAAACACAGAUUGCAUUAGAGUACGCGAAUAGGCUUUGGUCGGAGGGAUUCAAUGUCAUUAUCUGGAUCUCAAGUGAGACAAAUGCCGAAAGGGCAAAAUCUUACAGUGACGCAGCCAGGCAACUCCAAUUCAGCGAGUUCUCCGAGACCAAUACCCCAGAGAAAAACCAACACCUAGUCUUGCAGUGGCUCCAACGAACAGGUAAGACAGUGGAGACAAUGAAUAUGUUGAAAGGCAACAGGAUGAUUGACGAAGAGUUCGUUUCAACAGAUGUACCGUGGCUUCUUGUAUUUGACAAUGUGGAAUGCCAGGCCGAUCUACAGAGCUAUUUGCCAACAGUUGGCCAGGGCAAGAUCCUUAUUACUUGUCGCAGUGAAAUUCUUGCAGGCUCAGGAGUCACCGCACGAUCUUUCGAAGUUCCGCCUUUCACAUUGUCGGAGAGUACAGAAAUGAUCCUCCGAAUCACCGAGCAAUGCGAAGCACCAGAGACAGAAAUCCAAGCAGCAAGGGAGAUUUCUGAUGAGCUUGGCGGCCUGGCAUUGGCCAUUGAUAUUACUGCAAAGCAAAUUAAAAACUCCCGUCGAUUCAGAUCCGUCCAGGAUUUUAUUCCGUAUUUACGGCGCAAUCCGAAAGCGGGAUAUACACGACUGAAGCACUCAAAAGGGCAAGAUGACUACUGGUACCCACACGACCUUGACAACAUUUGGCGUAUAGCUUUUCAGAAUCUAAGUGAAGAUGCGGCGGUACUGAUGAAUUUAAUUUGCAUUUUGAGCCCUGAAUCUAUUCCACAAUAUCUCUUCCAACCAGAAGAGACGCAUGCUGACCGGGCUAGACCUCUUCAUAGAGUUGAAGACGCUAAGGGCGAGCUACUUUAUGCGUCUCUUGUCAGAAUCAACCCCGAGACAGGUUUGAUGUCCAUCCAUCGUCUCCUACAGCAUGCAUACUUUCUGGGCAUGUCGAUAGCAGCCCGCAAGAUAUCUAUUCACAAUGUUUUGGUACUGUUAAGAUCUUACUUUCCCAAAUACGAUGGGGCAAACCAUCUUUAUUCCCAAUGGAACCGUUGUGCUGCACUUCAUCACCAUAUUCAGACUCUCAGAGAUAAGGUGGUUGCCUUGAAACCCACAGAGCCAAUGGACGACAAUGACCAAGGGUUAUACACUGAGCUCAUUCAUGAUGACAUUUGGUAUAUGAUCGAGAUUCAGCAUUUUUCGGACGCCGAGCGUUCCCUCUUGUCUCUUUUAGAGACCGCGGGGAAAGAUUCCGCAUUCACUGCCAAAGUUCACCGAAGCCUGCUAGGGCUCUAUGAGAGAACCGGCCGCAGCAUUCGUGCUAAGAGUUCUGCGUCCUUGGAGUUCGAGAUUGUUGGAAGACAUUCUCAGAGUGUAGGCAACGAUGUUGCUAAUGCCUGGAGCAAUAUGGGCUACACAAGAAUUUCUGCCUUUGAGGCUUCAGAUGGGGUACCCUAUCUUGACAAGGCGAUAUCGAUGGCUAAGGACGUGCCUGAGCCAAUGCGCUGUCAACAAUUCAACAUUGACCGCUUCUUGCGCAACAGAGGACGCGCCAACGAGCAAAUGCAACGUUUCGAAGACGCCUUACGUGACUUUGACGAGGCAGAGUACUACCAGGAGAAAAUCCACGGACCAGGCAGUCAUUAUGAUGGAGAAACCCAAUAUGAGCGUGCCAAGAUUGAAGCGUGGCGUGGCAACCUCGAGGAAGCAUACUCACUCGCCAUGAAAGCUCAUGAUCUGGUGUCUGCAGGCAAACCUACACACGCGAGUGUAAUGGCAGCACAGUACCGCCUGGGAUGGAUUGCUAUGCUCCAAGGGGGAAAUGAUCUUGCAUUGCAACACUUUGAGAAGUCACUGGUUAUUUCAAGGAUCAAUGAGCAGCACAGAGGGAACUCGGGCGAGUCGGCCAGGAUUCAAUGGCGUAUGUCACAAGUCAUGGAGCGCAUGGGCAGAGAAGAAGAUGCUAAGUCUCUUCGGGACGCGGCUGUAAAGGUCAAAGCCAGUCUGCUUGCUACCGGAGACUACGUUCAAGUUGAAGACGAAGACAGUUCUUGGGAUGCACUGGUCGGCUUACUAUAUCGUUGA